GCCCCGGCGGCACACACGGGCCCUGACGGCACCCACCGGCCCCGGGAGCCGCGCUCACACCCCGGCUGCGUGAGGGAAAUGUCGGUCCCGCACAGGGCCUUGUGAAUCACCGCCUGCCAUCUGCUCAGACCCUCUCCACGGGGCUGAAUUGCGCAGCAAAGACGCGGCCGGCAGUGACUCUUCUUACGACAAAGGGGAGGACGUGGAAAGUUUAAUUAUAGCUCAUACCGCUCUUUAAAAUUUGGGAUUUAAAAAAGAAGUAGCACAAAUGAUAAUAAGCAUGUAAGCUAUUUCUGAACGUUCUCAGUAUUAAAAUUCAGCCUUUGUAGACGCAGAACACCAUCAAAUCCCUAGGGAUCGGAGGAAGACAUUUUCACCAGUUCGCGGCAGAACAAAGGAUUGCAGCGGUAGCUCUUUUCAGAGCUACAGAAGCUGCUUCCAAAAUAAAUCACUGUGUUCUUUCUUCAGAAAAGAGCUCAUCAUUCUGUAGUCACAAAUGCACACACUCAGGGAGACGAGAAUUCUUAAACAUUAGAAAUGUCAGUUAUUGCUGACUGCUAGAAAUGGCUAAAAACUCUUAUUUGAAGAGAUGAAAAGACCAGUGCUUUCACAAGUGAAAAGCAGGAACACAGCCAAACCGAUCGUUCCUUUAUCAGUGAAUAUAUACACAGUACUAUAGCAUAAACUGUGAAGAGCACACAAAAAAAAGGAAGAAGAAAAGUUAAUCCAGCAGGAACUCACCAGUUUGAAAGCAACAGUUUCAGCCCCCACCACAACACUUAGACUGAUGAAAGAAUGCAUGGUGAGACUCAUCUAUUGUGAAAUGCUGGGCUACGAGUCUUCCUUUGGAUACAUCCACGCAAUCAAACUAGCCCAGCAAGGGAAUCUUCUGGAGAAGAGAGUUGGUUACUUGGCAGUUUCUCUAUUUCUACAUGAAAAUCAUGAACUGCUGCUUCUACUUGUGAACACAGUUGUGAAGGACUUGCAGAGCACUAAUCUGGUAGAGGUGUGCAUGGCAUUAACUGUUGUCAGCCAGAUCUUUCCACGGGAGAUGAUUCCAGCUGUUCUGCCCCUAAUAGAGGACAAGCUUCAGCAUUCUAAGGAAAUUAUCCGAAGAAAAGCUGUUCAAGCUUUAUACAAAUUCUAUCUCAUUGCUCCUAAUCAAGUUCAGCACAUCCAUGAUAAGUUCCGGAAGGCUUUAUGUGACAGGGAUGCUGGAGUCAUGGCUGCUUCUUUGCAUAUUUAUCUGCAAAUGAUUAAGGAAAACUCAUCUGGAUACAAGGACUUGACUGGGAGUUUUGUAACCAUCCUGAAGCAGGUGGUGGGAGGAAAGCUCUCUGCUGACUUCAACUAUCACAGUGUGCCAGCACCAUGGUUACAAAUUCAGCUUUUAAGAAUUUUGGGGCUGUUGGGAAAAGAUGAUCCAAGGACAAGUGAAUUGAUGUAUGAUGUUCUAGAUGAAUCUUUAAGAAGAGCAGAGAUUAAUCAUAAUAUUACAUAUGCCAUCUUGUUUGAAUGUGUCCAAACAAUUUAUACCAUUCAUCCCAAAUCAGAAUUACUUGAAAAGGCUGCCAAGUGCAUUGGAAAAUUUGUUUUGUCACCCAAAAUUAAUUUGAAAUACUUAGGUUUAAAGGCUCUGACCUAUGUUAUCCAGCAGGAUCCAAACCUGGCACUUCAGCACCAGAUGACAAUAAUUGAAUGUCUAGACCAUCCAGAUCCCAUUAUUAAAAGGGAGACUUUAGAGCUCCUCUACAGGAUUACAAAUGGGCAGAAUGUAAUUGUCAUAGUCCAGAAGAUGCUUGACUACUUAAAAGAAAGUCAAGAAGAAUAUGCUAUCAUCAGCUUAGCUGGCAAAAUAGCAGAACUAGCUGAGAAAUAUGCCCCUAACAAUGAGUGGUUCAUCCAGACAAUGAAUGCUGUGUUCUCAGUUGGAGGUGAUGUUGUGCAUUCUGAUAUCCCAAACAACUUCCUGAGGCUGUUGGCUGAAGGAUUUGAUGAUGAAAAAGAAGAUCAUCAGCUACGGAUGUAUGCAGUACAGUCUUAUUUGGCAUUACUUGAGGAGGAAGAUAAAUUGUAUCCCCAGAAAUUCCUACAAGUUAUGAGUUGGGUGUUGGGAGAAUAUUUCAGUCUUGUUACAGAUGUUGAUCCAGAAGUUAUUUUGACAAAGCUGCACAGCCUGCUGAAGAAGACUUUUGUUACUUCUGAAACUAAAGCAUGGAUAAUGGCUGCAGUCACCAAGAUAGCAUCACACACUUCCUGCUCAAAAACAGUGGAUGAAGUAAUCCAAGAACUCAGCAGCUCUCUGGAUACAUGCCUGAGACAAUAUGCCUUUGAGUUGAAGCAUCUGUGUGAAGACAAAGAACUGAUGAAAAGUUUGCUUCCAUUUGAUGCUAGUUGCAGUGACCUGGUGGUAGAUGCUUCCUUAUCUUUUCUGGAUGGGUUUGUGGCUGAGGGACUUGGUCGUGGUGCAGCACCAUAUAAGCCUCAUCACCAGAGACAAGAGGAGAAACUUUCUCAGGAAAAAGCUCUGAAUUUUGAACCUUAUGGAUUGUCCUUUGCUUCAAGUGUGUCCUCAUCUGGUGUCACUGGCAGACAGUCCCCCACUGGUUUAUCUUUUGGCUCUGAUAUAUCUGGGAAUAGUGCUGAGACGGGGCACAAAGAGACAAAUACUCUGAAACUUGAGGGAGUACGCAAGCUGUGGGGAAAAGAAGGUUACCUUCCAAAGAAAGAAAACAAAAUAGGGAAAGGAGACGAGCCACCAGCAGUGCCUUGUGGCAGCUUAUUAGCAGGGCAGGUGGGGGAGCCUCCUGCCUUGCAGCCUGAUCAAGGGGCCAGCCUGUCUGAGGAAGACAAGGAGAAGCAGCAGUUAGCAUCAACUUUGUUCAUUGGGCUGGGAUCAAGUGCUGGUGUCAGCCUGAUGGGCAAAGCAGACACAGCUACUCAGAAGUUCAAAAGGAAAUCAAAGAUAAGUGAAACUCAACAUUUGAAUGAGGAGGCAUCAGACUUCCAAAACAGUGCUGCUUCAGAUUUUGGUCCCUUACUUGAUACAGUACCUAUUAAUGUGGAAGACUCUGAGGGAAGUACGCACACAAGGUUAAGGAAAGUCUCCCCUUGUUCUUCAGACACUGUAGAAGACAAUUUAGCAUUUGAAACACCUCAGUCCCUCAGAAAAUCUGUGCUGGAUGACAGAAUUUCAGCUAACAGGCUGUCACAGUCAUCUUUGUUUGCUGAUGGCAAUAUUGAAAUUUUUCAGCCUUCUUCAAGUGCUCAAAGUAAAAGUGCCAGUGAAACACCAUUGGUCCCUUCCUUACCAGAAGAACUUAAAGAGCUUCCUCACUCUGAAGUAGUGAGACUUUGUCAGAGUGAUGCCUUAGCUCUGCAUUUAUGUAAGGUGUGGACAGAUGACUCUCUGUUGCUCAUUGUUUUUGUUUCAAAUAAAACCACUUCUGCACUUCAUGCUGUGAACUUAGUGUUUGAAGAAACAGAACACUUUGAGAUUUUGGAGAGUGCCACCUCCCAGUUUCCUGUAAUUGAAGCUCAAAGUGUGGAACAUUGCCAGAAAUGUGUGAGGAUGAACAAAGUCUGUACACAGGCAAUUCUUCCUGGCUCUGUUAGUUACCAGUCAGAGAUGGAAACUCACCUUGAAUUUUCAGUAACUUUAUCAUUGAUGGACUUCAUCAGGCCAAUGGAAAUGACUACAGAAGACUUUGGGAAGCUGUGGUUGUCUCUUUCCAAUGAUGUGAAACAGAAUAUAAAAAUGUCAUCUUGCCAGGAUUCCCUUUCAGCAGCCCUGAACACACUGCAACAGAAGCUGAAACUGCACAGAGUUGAUGUUAUAGGUAAUGAGGGAAUCCUGGCCUGCCAGCUGCUUCCAUCUGUGCCCUGCCUGCUGCACUGCCGUACUCACUCAGGGAUGCUGGCCCUGUGGUUCAGAUCCCCUUGUGCUGCUCUUCCAGAUGGUUUGCUCUAUCAGUGUCAGAAGGUGAUGGAGGAAUCCUGAGAACAAUAGUGCCUGCCUUAAUCUAUUUGGCGUGUGAAAGCAAGUCUAAGAUUUAUGCAGUUGCACGGAUAAUUACCAAAGCUAAACUAUGAUACUGCUUCUUCAAGUAUUAAAAGUUUUCUUCCAGCUGGCAAUGUCCAAGUGGACUUGUGGGGGAAAAAUGGUGACCUAAAACACCCCUGCAAAAACGUGCUCAGGACUGUACAGUACAUUAAAGUAUUGUUACCUGUGUAAGUGAAAUGUAUAUUAAUUUUGUUGUAAAUGACUGAAAGUAUUUAUUUUUAUUACACAGCUUUUAUAGAUGCCAACACUUAUUCUUCAUGGCAACUAUUAAAUAUGAUUUUGAAGAAAACAUAUUUCCAUUAUGAGGUCAGACUUGAUCAGUUAUUUAAUUUUAUUUUGAUAAUUUUUCUAAAGCUAUUUUUAAGCACUGCUGGCAACAAGACCCAUAUUGGUGGUUAUAUAAAACAACUUAUGUAGCAACAAAUGCAUGGUUUUAAAACAGUUAAAAGAUUCUAGGGAGCAAAAUACUUCCCAUGAUCUUUGGUAUUUACUAUGGAAUGAUAACAUCUAAAUAGGUUUUUGAUAGGAGUCAGGCAUGCAAAAAUUGUUUCAAAGCACCUCCUGGGGAUUAGCCAAAGCCCUUCAGGUUAGUUCCUGUCUGCAGUUCUUCCUGCCCCAGAUUUCAGUCUCAUUCCCUUUCUGUGGGGAAUGUGACAGUCACUGAGUCUUUGUGCAUGUCUAAGAUGAAGUUCCAUGUGGAUCAGCUCUGAGAUGCUGAGCUGGGAGCACUGGCUGUGGACAUGUUGACUCCUGGAUUGUUGGGUAGUGAACAUGUUCAUUGCUUUCCAGUCCACCCUGUAAAUUUAAUCUGGCCAAAAUCCCUGUGCAUGAAAAUUCACAAGGGGAAAACUUCCAUUUAUUUUUACUUCUAAUUAUUUAUAGCCUUGGUAU